AUGUUCGGCAAAACCCACGCCGACCCUCCAAAAUUCAAAUUUUUUGUUUGCUCGAGGCGUUUCGAAGAGAUAGCAGCCGGUCCAAUGUUUGUAAACAGUUCGACGAAAGAUAAGGUCCAAAGCAGAGAGUCGAGCAUUAGAUGUCUGCGACUGGUCAAGAAUUAUAUUUCCGUCCAAAAAACACACGGUAAUUGCUGAUUUUACAUUCUUUACACUUCCUCUACGUCAUGUAAAUCGUAAAAUUUAAAAAGAGAAGGAAUUAUUAUCAAAAAGUGUGGUAGACAUAAACGUAGGUAUAUAACAAAAAUUUACAAAAAACGCAUUAUUUUUUAUACAAUACUGAAAUAAUUUCGUUUUUUAAUCACAUUUAAGUAUUUGACCGGAUAUACUAAUUUUUUAUUUGUAACUUUUGUAAGGCUAGCUAAAAGUUUGAGAGUCGACCCCAAUAUUGCUAACUUUUUUGAUAUCUAAAACAAUCUUUAAAUCAAACACGUCCACAAAACUUUAUUUUUCACCUAAAAAUUUAAAUUGCCAAAAACCAGAUCGUUUUGUGACACUUCGUCGCCGAAUCAAUAGUUGAUACUUUGCGCUUACGUAGUCUUUUUUCUGGAAUUUUUGGGUGAACUCUUGAAGUUGUCAGUAUACGUGUUAUAAGAGAGUCGAUCAGGAAUAAAAUUUGUGACUAUUUUCCGAAGAUCUCGAUAUUGUUGUAGUUGCUCCUAUUAUAAUAUCUUUUGUUCAGGUGCCUUGAAUCAAGUGCAAAACCGGUGUGCAAUGACUCGUGCACUGUUGUUGGCAGUUUUGCCAUUAAUAUUUCUUGUAAAUGUCUGUCGUAAGUUUUUUAUUACAUUUUAUUGUUUUAGGUAACAUAAUAAGUUAUGGAAAAUGUAAAUAAAAUAAUCUUUUUUAAAAGUCGGAUUUUAAAUUUAUGGUUUGAUGAAUAACAAUUUUCUUUGCAGAUGGACAAUUGGCGGCUAUGUCCGUUGAUCUGGGGGACGAAUAUCUCAAAUUUGGGUUAGUGAAGCCAGGAGUUCCUAUGGAGACCGUGAUCAACAAAGAAUCUCGACGUAAAACGCCAAAUAUUGUAGCAUUUAGAAAAGGAGAACGGUAUUUUGGCGAUAUUGCGGCUCAAAUGGUAAGUUAAAUCUAGAUUUGUGUUUUAAACAGGUUUAGGCCUAUAGUACGAUUAUUAUUUCAAAUACAUUAAAAUAAGUUAAAUGUAGCUGUCAAUAUGGAUUUUGGGUAAUAACUGUAGAUUUAUUAAAUAAACCUUGUUUCAGAGUGUCAAAUUUCCACAGAGCACUAUUGCUUCGUAUGUUGACCUGAUUGGAAAGCCAUUUGAUCAUCCUGUUGUUGAAGAAUACCAAAAGCGUUUCCCUUACCACAAACUUAGUGCUCAUCCAGACAGAAACACGGUAGUAUUUGAAAUUGAGUAAGUUUAAGAGUUUUGUUUUCCACUUUAGGUUUAACCUUACAACAAACACAUUACUAUAACGUGAAGAUGUCAUUUCAAAACGUUAUUAUUGAUGUUCAUUAGAAUAUAUGCCUAUUAUCAUCUUAAAUUUGCUAUUACAGAGAAGUUUCUUACCCAGUAGAGACUGUUCUGGCCAUGUCUUUGUGGAACGCUCAAGAACAGACUUCCGCUCACGCUGGCCAGCCAGUAAAGAACGUUGUGAUUUCAGUACCUUCAUACUUUAAUCAUUCCGAACGGGUCGCCGUAGCCAAUGCUACACAAAUUGCCGGUCUUAACUUACUGUCAUUGAUUUACGAUGGAUCAGCGGCUGCUUUGAACUACGGUGUAUUCAGAAGGAAGGAAAUCACCGACAAGCCUCAAACUCUUCUGAUAUACGAUGUUGGAGCCCACAAGACUGUCGCCACUUUAGUUGAGUACAAAUUGGUCGAAUUGAAGGAAAAAGAGAAAACUCCAGUUGUCAAGACUUUGGGAAUUGGGUACGACAGAACCUUGGGAGGUCAAAUUGUCACCGAAAUGUUGAGAGAUUACCUGGUUGGCGAAUUCAAGAAAAUGUUCAGCAAGUUGGACAAAGAUAUCAGCGAAAACCAACGUGCUAUGGCCAAGAUGUACAAGGAAGCCGACAGAGUUAAACAGGUAAGAAAUUUUAAAAUAGUUUUUACUUUUAUGUUUUGGAACAAGUUUUCAAGUUUUAUUUUAGCAAUGGUUUUAAAUAUUUUAUUGUUUUAGGUAUUGUCAGCUAACGCUGAAUGCUUCGCUCAAAUCGAAAGUGUUUUCGAAGACAAGGACUUCAAGGUGAAGGUUUCCAGAGACCUUGUAGACAAGAUUAUUGAAGAGAACAAAGACAGAUUUGCCCAACCAGUUACUACUGCUUUGGAACAAUCAGGUCUGGACAUUUCAGCUGUUGAUCAAGUUGUUUUAAUGGGAGCUGGUACCAGAAUUCCAAAAAUUCAAAAACUUUUGGGAGAGACCAUUAAUGGGUAAGAAAAUUGAUUUUUUUACGUUUGGGUUUAAUUAACAUUUUUAUUUUUUUAAAAGGUAUAGGAUCUUUGAUAAUAUUCUUUUAAUUUCAGAAAAGAGUUGGCCAGAUUCUUGAACACUGAUGAAGCUAUCGCACUUGGCGCAGUUUACGAAGCUGCCACUCGAAGCAAGGGAUUCAGAGUGAUGUCUUUCAAGGUAGAAGAAAAACCAGUAUUCCCAACAACUGAAGAAGAAGCUACAUUCACCGGUCUGACUGCCACUCAAAUCACCGAAGGCAAAAGAAUCCUAAACGAAUUUGAAAAGAAGGAAAAGCUGAAGGUUGAAAGAGAGGCUGCACUCAACUCUCUGGAAUCUCUUGUCUACGAUAUUACUGCCAAGUUGGACGAUGAAGCCUACAGCAAGUUUGUGAACGAAGAAGAAAGCACUGCCAUCAGAAGCAAGGCUGAUACCAUCAGAACCUGGUUGGAAGAAGAAGUUACUCCAGAUACUGAAGCCAAGGUCUUGAAGGAUAAGAGAUCCGAAUUGGUUGGAGAAUCCAAGAAGAUGAACUACAGAAAGAAGCAGUACGAGGAGCGACCAAAGCAUUACCUGAAGAUCUCUGAUGCUCUGGACAAGGCUAAAGACUUGUUGCCAUUGUUCAACAACAGCACAAAAGAAAACGAGACCAUCUUCACUGAAGAAGAGGUAAAGAAGUUUGAAGACGAGUUGAACAAGGUCGAAGUGUGGUUUGUGGAGAAGAAGGAGGUUCAGGAGAGCAGAGCUUUGAAUGAAGAACCAGUGAUUACCAUUAAGGAAAUCACUGAAAAAGUAAGGAUAACUGAUUGUUUUGUGGUCUUAUAAUUUUUAAUUAUUGGUUAUUUUGAGAGUACUUUGUUGGAGAACGUAUAACAUAUUGUUUCAGGUGAAAGUAGUGAACAAUGAAGUGAAUUUGAUGAAGUCCAAGGUAUAUUUGUACCAAGUUAGGAUUGCCAAGGAGAAGAAGGAAGCCGAAGAAAAGGCCAAGAAAGAGAAAGGUAAUUUUUUAAAAGUAAAAUAUAGUUACUUAGUUAUAAAAAUAUAUAAUGAAAUCCUUAAAUGUCUAAUAUAAUUUAUUAUUUUAGAAGCCGCCGAAAAAGCAGCCAAAAAUGAGACUGUAAUCGAGCCAAACGCCACCAACGAGACAGAAUCCUCGACAGCUCAACCAGAAUCCGAACAAACUCCAGAGACCUCAACCGAACUCCCGACGGCAACUGAAAUCCCACCACAAGAGUCGACCGAGGCAUCUGACGAAUCCACGGAGAAGCCAAAGGAAGACAAAUCUGAACUUUAA